AUGGAAGAAAUACCAGUAAAAGUUGCUGUAAGAAUUAGACCUCCACUUUGCAAAGUUCUUCAUAAUCAUCAAGUUUGUGUGAGAGUAAUUCCAAACACCACGCAGAUUAUCAUUGGGAAAGACAGAGUCUUUACUUUUGAUUUUGUUUUUGGCAAAACUUCCACUCAGGAUGAAGUUUAUAAUACAUGCGUAAAGCCCCUCGUGUUGUCACUCAUUGAGGGAUAUAAUGCAACUGUUUUUGCCUAUGGACAAACUGGAUCUGGGAAGACAUACACCAUUGGAGGAGGCCAUGUUGCUUCAUUUGUGGAGGGUCAAAAGGGUAUUAUUCCUCGAGCCAUUCAAGAAAUAUUUCAAAACAUCUGUGAAAAUCCUAGCAUUGACUUUAGUAUUAAAGUGUCUUAUAUAGAAGUAUACAAGGAAGAUCUAAGAGAUCUUUUAGAAUUGGAGACAUCCAUGAAGGAUCUUCAUAUUCGAGAAGAUGAAAAAGGAAACACAGUGAUUGUUGGAGCCAAGGAAUGCCAUGUGGAGAAUGCAGAUGAAGUGAUGAGUCUUCUGGAGAUGGGGAAUGCAGCGAGACAUACAGGUACCACCCAAAUGAAUGAGCACUCCAGUAGAUCACAUGCAAUUUUUACAAUCAGCAUUCGCCAAGUUAAGAAAAAUAUGGAGGCAGCUAAAGAUGGAUCUUGGUAUUCCCAUUGCCAUAUUGUCUCAAAGUUCCACUUUGUGGAUUUGGCUGGAUUAAAAAGAGUAACCAAAACUGGGAAUACUGGUGAACGGUUCAAAGAGUCCAUUCAAAUCAACAGUGGGUUGCUGGCUUUAGGAAAUGUUAUAAGUGCUCUUGGGGACCGACGCAGGAAGAGUUCACAUAUUCCGUACAGGGAUGCUAAAAUCACCCGGCUUCUGAAAGAUUCCCUGGGAGGCAGUGCCAAGACUGUCAUGAUCACAUGUGUCAGCCCAUCCUCCUCAGAUUUUGAUGAGUCCUUAAAUUCUCUCAAAUAUGCCAGCAGAGCACGGAACAUUAGAAACAAACCUACCGUAAACUUCAGCCCCGAGUCAGACCGUAUGAACGAAAUGGAAUUUGAGAUGAAGUUGCUUCGAGAAGCUUUGCAAAGCCAGCAGACUAGUAUCAGCCAAACUAGCGAGAUCCAUCGAAAGGGGACUCCUGAUAAAAAUAGGAUCCAGUCUCUUGAGGAGCAAGUAGCUGAGCUACAAGAAGAAUGUCUGGGUUACCAAAAUUGUAUAGAAGAAGCCUUUAACUUCCUGGUUGACUUAAAAGGUGCUGUCAGACUAAACCAAAAUCAGCAACACAAACUGCAGGAGUGGCUUAGCAUGACCCGGGAGGUCUGGAAGCCUGUCCUUACCUCUUUCCGAGAAAACCGAGAAACUGGAAACCUGGAAGAAGGAUCACAGCAUUUUACACUUCUCCAGCUCAGGAGGGAGCUUAAGAAAUGCCAGUGCGCUCUUGCUGCUGAUGAAGUUGUAUUUAAUCAGAAAGACCUGGAAGUGAAGGACCUGAAGAAUCAAGUGCAAAUGAUGGUACAGGAAAAUGAAGGACAUGUUGUAUCUUUGCAGGAAGCACAAAAAGUGAAUAGAUUGCAGAAUGAAAAAAUAAUAGAACAACAACUUCUUUUGGAUCAGCUGAGUGAAGAACUAGCAAAACUUAACCUGUCAAUGACUUCUUCAGCUAAGGAAAAUUGUGGAGAUGGGCCAGAUAGCAGGAUCCCUGAAAAGAGACCAUAUACUGUACCAUGUGAUACUCUUUUGGGACAUUAUAUUUAUAUCCCGUCGAGACAAGAUUCCAGGAAGGUGUACACGAGUCCUCCUGCGUGCUCUCCGGAUGCAAAAGUCGCUGGCUUUCGAACGCGGGGCCAGAUGCAAGAGCAAGAUCAAAUCCUUCACCACCAGUUUUCUGAUGACAGUGAAGAUGAGGAAUCAGAAGGCCGAGAGAAGUCUGUAAUUAGAUAUGGAAGUUACUCACGGAAAAAGCCAGACUCUGUUCAUUCUUCGGUCAGAUUGAAUGAUACUCAGGAUGAAACACAAAAGUCAAGGCUGAGGAAUGAAGAUUUAAAAAUGGAAUGGCUCCAGGGAAGUCAAGAGAUGAAUUUGCAAAAAUUAAAGAAUUCAGAACACAUACUUACUGAAGCUAAACAAAAAAUGAGAGAACUUACAAUUAACAUCAAGAUGAAGGAAGAUUUGAUCAAAGAAUUAAUGAAAACAGGUAACGAUGCCAAGUCCGUAAGCAAACAGUAUUCUCUGAAAGUAACAAAACCAGAGCAUGAAGCAGAACAGGCGAAAGUGGAACUAACUGAAACACAAAAGCAGCUACAGGAACUGGAAAACAAAGAUCUUUCUGAUCUUGCUGUGAAGGUCCUACAGAAGAAUCAACAGGAUAGUAAGAAAUUGGCAUCACUGUCUAUCCAAAAUGAGAACCGUGCUAAUGAACUAGGGCAGAACGUAGAUCACCUGAAGUAUCAAAAGGUACAGCCGCAAAAAAGACAUCAGGAAGAAAACGAAAAAAGUAAACAACUGGAUACAGAAAUUAAGCAGGAUCAGCAAAAAAUCGAAGUAAUAUUAUCAUACAUCCCUGCUAAGUAUAAUACGAAAUGUUAACAUUCACUUGGCUUGUGAAGUAUCUGUCCCUGACCUGCCCUUCACUGCUGUCCCUUAUUUACUUUAAAGCGUUGUUCAUCUACAUAAGAAAACCUAUUUAUUGAAUUCUGAGUAUUGUCUUGAAGGCUUUGACUUCACAAAAGAAGGUACAGCGAUAAAAUUUCCCUUAGUCCGAUCUUA